UUCAUGUGAACACUGCUCCUGGUGGCCCCAUAUAGCUGCUGCUGUCACUGCAGGAAGAGGAAGAAGAAGAGGGUAGAGGAGCUUGGCUUGUCUGGCCUUGGUGCCGGAGCUGGAGAACCAUGCAACUCACUCUGAGAACCAUGCUCCUUUUUCUUUGGGAAAAAGCCCCACUGCAGACCCUCCUUCUCCUCUCUGUCUUCCUCCUGAUCCUGGCACAGUAUCUACAGAGGAGGAGGCAGCAUCUCAACUACCCCCCUGGCCCUUCUGGGCUGUCUAGAGUGGGCUACUUUAAGAUGGACUUUAAAAACAACCACACUGUAUUACAAAAGUUUUUCAGGGAAUAUGGAAAUAUUUUCUGCACAUAUGCUGGCAAUCGCACGUUUGUGAUGGUAUCCGGGUUGCCACUGAUCAAGGAGGUCCUGGUCAACCAAGACCAGGUGUUUAUUGAUCGUCCAGAACUUCCCAUCAUCUCCCAUGUCUUUAAAACAUUUGGUUUAGUAAUGUCUAAUGGCCAAGAUUGGAAACAGCAAAGAAGAUUUGCCCUAAUGACACUAAGGAACUUCGGUUUGGGAAAGAAGACCCUGGAAGACCGGAUCCGGGAGGAGACCAGGUAUCUCACUGAGGCUAUUGAGGAAGAAAAAGGACAGCCCUUUGACCCCCACUUUCAGAUCAACAAUGCUGUUUCUAACAUCAUCUGCUCCAUUACUUUUGGACAUCGCUUUGACUAUCAUGAUUCUCAGUUUCGGGAGAUGCUGAAGACUUUGGAUGAUAUCAUGCUGCUUCAAGCCAGAUGGGAGUGUCAGCUCUUCAAUAUUGUUCCUGGGAUAAUGAAAUUCCUGCCAGGACCUCAUCAAAGAUCCUUUAGAGAAUGGAAGAAGCUAGAGUCUUUUGUAAAACAUGUAAUCAAACAACAUAAGGAAGAUCUAAACCCAGACGAGACCCGGGACUUCAUUGAUGCUUACCUGAAGGAGAUGUCCAAGGAAAACAUCCAUUCUAGUUUUCACGAAGAAAACUUGGUCUUUUGCACCCUGGACCUCUUCUUGGCUGGAACAGAGACAACUUCUACCACUCUGAGGUGGGCCCUGCUGUAUAUGGCUCUUUAUCCAGAGAUCCAAGGCAAAAUACAAGCUGAGAUUGACAGGGUGGUUGGCCAAUCGAGGCAGCCCACCAUGGCUGAUAAGGAGAAUAUGCCCUAUACUAACGCAGCCAUUCAUGAAGUUCAGAGAAUGGGUAAUAUUAUUCCUUUCAACGUCCCCAGGGUGGCCACAGUUGAUACCACAGUGGCAGGAUACCAUGUGCCAAAGGGCUCUAUAUUGUUCACCAAUCUGACUGCUUUGAACAGGGACCCCAAUGAGUGGGCUACCCCAGAAACCUUCAACCCAGAACACUUUCUGGAGAAUGGACAAUUUAAGAAGAGAGAAGCCUUUCUGCCUUUCUCAAUAGGAAAGAGAGUCUGCCUGGGGGAACAGCUGGCUCGGACUGAGCUCUUCCUUUUCCUCACUUGCCUGCUCCAGAAAUUCAAGUUCCAGGCUCCCCCAAACACCCAGCUGACCCCAAACAUCCGAUAUUCCGCAACCCUCUCUCCUGCCUCCUAUCAAAUCUGUGCCCUUUCUCGAGUGAUGUAGGCCAAGCUAGGCCUGUAGGGUGGUCUGCCAAGGGGGGCCUGGGGAAGGCAUCCACAUCCCCUAAGAUCACCAGCCCUGCCUUUUGUAGCUUUAAUGGAGAAAGGGAGAGAAGUCAAAGAGGUGAGAAGAGAAAGACAAAGGGAAGGUAUCUGUGGCGCAAUUCAAAUUUUCCUGCUCUGAAAAAGAAGAAGUAUUAAUGCCAUCAAAAGGAAAGCACAAGGAGUCCAUAUUGAACUUGGAGUCCAAGGACCUGGGUUCAAAUUCCAGCCCUGACACUUACUAGCUGGGUGACCUUUAGCAAGU